AUGCUCUCGCUGCGGGCGCCGCCCCGUACUCUCUCCGCCUCGCCGUGGCGGAGACGGGGCCGCCUCGACGGUUUCGCCGCGCCGCGUUGUGUCAGCGCCGCGCCACCCGCGACAACCCUAGAGACGGCUACCGCGCGGUCGGCAGGCGUCUCCUUCCCGAUUCUGGUAAAUGGCUGCACUGGUAAAAUGGGGGUAUCUGUUGCUGAGGCAGCUACUUCAAGGGGUCUUCACCUAGUUCCUGUUUCAUUCAGUAGCAGAGAGAACCUUGAUAAAACAAUACAAGUGGGUGAUACAGACGUUGAGAUAUAUGGCCCUUCUGCAAGAGAAGAUGUUCUUUCAUCUGUCAUUGACGAAUACCCAGAUGUAGUUGUGGUGGACUACACGGCGCCUGAUUCUGUGAACUCUAACGCCGAGCUCUAUUGCAAGCUUGGUGUGCCAUUUGUAAUGGGCACAACUGGUGGGGAUCAGCAGUUACUGUACAAAUCAGUGCAAGAUUCAGAAAACUAUGCACUAAUAUCUCCACAAAUGGGCAAACAGGUUGUUGCAUUUCUUGCUGCAAUGGAAACAAUUGCGGAGCAGUUUCCUGGGGCCUUCUCAGGCUAUCGUUUGGAGGUACUGGAAUCCCAUCAAGCAGGAAAGCUGGACACAUCUGGUACAGCUAAAGCUGUGAUUGCUUGUUUCGAGAAAUUAGGCGCGGUCUUUGACAUGGAGCGGCAGAUGGUUAAGAUCAGGGAUCCUGAGCAGCAGCUUUAUAUGGUGGGUGUCCCCGAAGAACACAUUGAAGGGCAUGCAUUCCAUUUGUACCAUCUGACUUCUCCCGAUGACAGCGUUUCAUUUGAGUUCCAACACAAUGUUUGUGGCCGUUCAAUAUAUGCCGAAGGGUCAGUUGAUGCCGCCGUGUUUCUGUAUAAGAAGGUACAAUCAAUGGAUCCUAAGAGAAUUUACAACAUGAUUGAUGUCUUGCAAGAAGGCGAUAUGCGGUGA